UAUGAUUACAUAGAAGUCGAAAUCUGGCCGAAUGUUACGUAUAUAAAGCCGAUAAGAAAUUAUCAACGGGAUACAUCGCAAUUAUGUUCGUAUAUUUGACAAUUUCUCUUUUCAUUACUAUUACUUCGGCCGUUCCAACAGGCCGAGAAGAUGUUGUUUAUCCAUCCGUAGAGACAUUAAGAUCCGGGAUAAAAAGGAUCAAAUUUAGAGCUAUCGAUCAGGAUAUAGAUCUCAGAUUAAUACCGGCCGGUGAAUUAAUUUCGGACGAUUUCGUUAUUUACGAAGGAGAUCACGAGAGAAGACAACCCACGGAGAAAAUUAAAAGCUUGAAGAAGAAGUUGUAUAGAGACAGUGAAAAAGGAGCCGCUCUUCAUAUAGAAGAAGAUGGUUUUACAUCUAUUCACGGAAUUAUAAGUAAGAAGUUGAGAAUAGAACCCGAGGAAACAAUUACGGAAGGAAGGAGAGCGCAUCGUGUUUUCGAAGUGGAAAAUAUGGAGAGAGGUCGAAUUCGAACGAAUGACGCCUUGAUGAUUCCUCCAGGGGCUAUAAGAAAUGUAACUGAAGCUGAAAAAAGAUCAGGCAUUUGCAUCGUAGUAGAAAUUGUAAUUGUUUCAGAAAAAACUUUCACACAUAGUUUCGGUGGAAAAUAUGAUGAGACUGCAGAAUAUUAUCAUCUCCGUUAUUUAUAUGUAACUAUUACUCAGGUGCAAAAUUUAAUGGACACUAUGAAAUUGACGUUAAAAGUACUUCUAAUUGGAGUUAUAACAUAUGACAAUACCAAUGAAGCGUCUUUUAUCCAGAAGAGUGCUAUUAAAAUAUGUCCUAAUUAUCUCGACUCAGGAGACUUAAUAGAAAAUAUGGCUGAGUACUAUAAAAAUGCAAAAAUUCCGUUGAUCGAUGAAGCUGAUGGAGUUAUGCUUGUAACACUGACAUAUGGAAUAAUUUAUGUAAGCAUUUUAAUGAAUGACGACAUAACACCUGUCGAUACCGCCAACACAAUAAGGCCGGAUCCUUAUUUAAGUCGAAAUCUGGCCGAAUGUUACGUAUAUAAAGCCGAUAAGAAAUUAUCAACGGGAUACAUCGCAAUUAUGUUCGUAUAUUUGACAAUUUCUCUUUUCAUUACUAUUACUUCGGCCGUUCCAACAGGCCGAGAAGAUGUUGUUUAUCCAUCCGUAGAGACAUUAAGAUCCGGGAUAAAAAGGAUCAAAUUUAGAGCUAUCGAUCAGGAUAUAGAUCUCAGAUUAAUACCGGCCGGUGAAUUAAUUUCGGACGAUUUCGUUAUUUACGAAGGAGAUCACGAGAGAAGACAACCCACGGAGAAAAUUAAAAGCUUGAAGAAGAAGUUGUAUAGAGACAGUGAAAAAGGAGCCGCUCUUCAUAUAGAAGAAGAUGGUUUUACAUCUAUUCACGGAAUUAUAAGUAAGAAGUUGAGAAUAGAACCCGAGGAAACAAUUACGGAAGGAAGGAGAGCGCAUCGUGUUUUCGAAGUGGAAAAUAUGGAGAGAGGUCGAAUUCGAACGAAUGACGCCUUGAUGAUUCCUCCAGGGGCUAUAAGAAAUGUAACUGAAGCUGAAAAAAGAUCAGGCAUUUGCAUCGUAGUAGAAAUUGUAAUUGUUUCAGAAAAAACUUUCACACAUAGUUUCGGUGGAAAAUAUGAUGAGACUGCAGAAUAUUAUCAUCUCCGUUAUUUAUAUGUAACUAUUACUCAGGUGCAAAAUUUAAUGGACACUAUGAAAUUGACGUUAAAAGUACUUCUAAUUGGAGUUAUAACAUAUGACAAUACCAAUGAAGCGUCUUUUAUCCAGAAGAGUGCUAUUAAAAUAUGUCCUAAUUAUCUCGACUCAGGAGACUUAAUAGAAAAUAUGGCUGAGUACUAUAAAAAUGCAAAAAUUCCGUUGAUCGAUGAAGCUGAUGGAGUUAUGCUUGUAACACUGAGACCAAUGGCUGACGUUUAUAAGAGAAAGUGCGAUUUGGGCACAAUUGGAAUAGCUUAUGUAGGUUCAGUUUGUGAUAAUGGAUACAAAUAUGGCAUUUCAGAAGACGAUGAAGGCAAUUUCUACGAAUAUUGUCAUACUUUUGCUCACGAAUUGGCUCAUAUGAUCGCAUGUCCCCACGAUGAAGAUUCUCCCGUUUCGUACAUUCCUGGUAAUCCGGGAACAGUAGAAUGUAAAUGGAAAUACGGAUAUAUUAUGAGUUAUGAAACAAACGAACAAAAUGGAACCAAAUUUUCUCCGUGUUCGAGAGCAUGUGUACAACAAUUCGUCAGUUUGUCAAUGGCAUCUUGUAUUGUAGAAGAGUGCUAAGUAAAUCUUUGUUGCAGUUAUUUUGAGAAAAUUUGGCCAGAUAAUAUUAUUUUUCUUUAACGAUUACUUCAAAGAAAUGUGAAAUUGAGUUAAAUAAAAUUUAUUAAACGUAAAUAA